AUGGGCGGCAGCGUGAGAAGCGCCGCCAGGGAAGGAGUAGACCACGUCGUGGCAAAGUACUCCGGAGAGAUGAGCAAAACGCAUACAUGGCCGAAUGGGGGAAAUAGCCAUGGUAGUCUACCUGAUGGGCUCCGAAGGCUCAGCGGGCGGGCCGCAGUUACGAUACUUUCUAUAUGGCCCGAGAGGAUGGGCGCGCGUGUCGGUCUACCGAAAGGACAGGAUCCUGAAGCUGGCCAUCGAGGGUGGGACUUUGGGUUAGCUGUUGAAGUGGGCUUAAGGAGCAAACUGGUAUUGACUUACGAACCGGCAGUGCCCUGCGCGAAGAGCGGAAUAGGAUCCAAGGGGAUAUAA